AAAUGAUGCUCGUCACGUCUCGUCCUCCUGCUACAUCACUCUAUUGUGCGCGAUGGGCCGCGGACAUCACGUUUCCACACCUGAGUGCGCAAUUUAGUGGACUUGCCUGCGCCAAAAUGUGUUUUCAGCAUCUAUGGAGUGAAAGGGUAGAGAAGGAAGCUAAGCCUGACCAAUUUUCCGAGGAAAUCCAUGAAGUAAGUUAUUAUCUCAAGCAUAUGUUUCUUUGGCGUCAGCGUUUGGCGCUUACCAAACGCUUUUUCGGACUCCGCUGCCCCCACCGAAGGGAGCAGUGGGCCCUAAAGGGGUUGACUAUAGGGAAAAUUGCUGAGUCAUGAUCUCGUACGGAUCUUUGGAUAACCACCCAAAACACGACGUGUUUAAUCCAUUUAGUUCAGACGAAGAAAAUCAUGCAUCGUACUUUCGAUUCUUCUUCUCAUUUAUUUUCUAACUCUUCGCUAAUUCUGUUAGACAGGUCUUUUUCUUCCUCAGAGGCUUGCUUGACAGACAAUUAAUUGUUACUUAGAAGAAGUUCAACCGACAUGGCCGAAAUUUAAUUUUGGUAGAAAGAUUUCUUCAUCAUGUCUCGUUUUCAUUUUUUAUUAAGCGUUUAGUUUGCUACAUAUUCAUUUUCGAAAGAAAUUUCGAAGAGUCUUGGAUGGUUUUGUUGAUGAGAUCUAGAAGGAUACGGUAGUUUAGCCCAAUAUUUUAACACAAUAAGGCAAUCAAGGAACAGUUCCAUUUAAUUUUCUUAGCUAUUAGGUCGCCAAUUUCUAAUCUCGUCUUUCACUAUUUCUUCCGUCGAUUGUGAUGACAAACAGACAGUGACAAAAGCGGUAGAGAACUGGGACUGAAUGACAAAACUGCUACGGGUAGGGUGGCCUGGGUUAAACAAAAAUACUUUGUUCAAUUUACUCGUUUACAAAAUUCUUGUUCAGCCUUAUCUUAUCCAAGUUCAAAUAAUUGGGAAGGUAUACUGCUAUCUUUCCCUAAGAGUUUUUGAGAUCCAAGAAAGGAUGGAAGCUUUUCUAUGAUCAGUUUUUAACUUUAUUCUUUUCUGGAGCUCACAAGACUAUGUGGGUCAUUGUAGACACUAUGACUCAUGCAAUUCUCAACCAAUAUUUCACGUCAGUUCAUACCCACAUCUCGCGCGGUCAAAAUUUACGGAGCCUCCUUAAUUAUAUAAGUAAUUCUUAAACAACAAUUGCUAUCUGUGACUGAAGGUUAGGAAAAGUUUAUCUUGAAAUGCUUUGGUGGGAUUUUUCCUUAUGUUUGCUGGUUCCAGCUAUAGGUAAGAAAACCCUUUAGGGUAGUUUAGCCAUCUUUCAUCUGCCUAUCAAGCCUGACAACUGAAUGACUCACUUUCCAUCUGAAGAUACACUGUAUGGCGAUUAAUUAUUUGAUGCAGAACUACUGAAAUGUUACCAGAUGUCAUGGGCUUUUCCACUGAUUAAAAGUCAGUUUAGCCUCAUGAAACUGCAAACUGGCAUUGGUUUACUGAGAAUCGCAUUUUAUGAACUUUUUUCCUCAGUAGCAACGGAUCAAUGGAAUAAAACUGGAAUGUUCAAUGACACAGCCAAUGGUGAGUCGACAAGAAACUGUAAGAUUUUAACUGCAUUAAUAACUUUUGGCUUAAAACUUAACUGAUGGUAUGUUGGUAGUCUCUUACUUUUAGCAAAAGAGAAAUCUGAUAUCUUUGGUAGAUUUUGUACAUUGAGGGAGACAUGGGGGGGGGGUUCUAAAUACGGUAAUACUGCCACCAAAUAGAACUAACACUGCAUCACCACAAGAAAUAUUAUCAACACAGCCACACCACAAUUUUGCCUUAGUCUCUGGAUUUACCUGGUCUAAGUGGUUUUUGAAAAAAAAACUCAAAACCAUUACUCCUACAUUUCAAACAUAAGUUAUAAGGGUAAAAGAAAGCUAGUGUGUUUACAAAUUCAUCAAAUGGUUUCUUUUAGCUUUGAAAGGCUCUUUUCAUUUCUCUUGACUCAGUAUCUAAAUUUACACUUCUUGUGGUAGUUCUAACCACCUGUUCCCUCCUCAAAGUAAAGGGUAAUGCAUUUAGUUAUUUGUGUCUUGAUGAGUUUCAGUCAUUGUUACUGCACGCUGGUCUUUGGCUGACCAAAAGUGCAUGUGGUAGAGGUCCAGAGGUCAAGUAAACUAUAAACAAACACAGCCUGGGGUCAAUCAGCUAAAUGUUUAUUAAAGAUUAACUCGGAUGCAUUGCUUAUUUUGUUUGACAAUAUUCAGUGUUUACAAUAAUUAACCAUGGGUUAUCAAAACUAGUUUUUAAAAGGGUUAAUCAAUAAACUGCAAAACCAGAAAUUAGUUUCAAACUGCAAACAUCCUAUACUAUAAUGUUUGAGAUCACUGCAAUCCCACAAUGUAAGUUGUUCUUCAUAGCAAUAAACAGUAUACCUCUAAUUGUGAUCUCCUGAUUUGUUGAAUUAAUCGGCAUUAUACAUCAACUGAAGUGAAGAAUUUAACCAUGUUUAUACUUAUACUUUUAGGGGAGGCUGUGCUGAACCCAGAUGGCAGUAUUACUUUGCCAACUGAAAAUAUCAGUUUAUCUGAAGACCAAAGUGACUUGACCUUGACAACUAACAUCACUCUCCCAAAUGGCACUGUGUCGGUUGGAAAUGUCAUGGUGUUUGUCUUCACUGAUGAUGAUCUUGGUGGUCGCCUCAUUUCUCAGCCUGUGAAUACUUCUGGCACCACUCAAGCCUCAGCAAAAGCGCAGAUGGUGCGCAAAUUCAAGUUAGAGACAGCCAAUGUAACCCUGUCCUCUGUACUUACCAAAGAUUCUACCACAAAUCGGUUUAAAGUUAGAUCAAUUUUUAAAAUUGCUCUGUCUUAUUCAACACUUUACCGGCAGUCAUUUGUGAUAAGAAAGAUUGUUCUUGUUGUCACUUCUCAUGGCAAACAUGAUCAUCAAAAUGAGCAACUAUAUUUGAUUUUUUACACAAAGUCAGGUGAGAUUUUGUUUUGUUUAGUUGUGUUCUUUAUUUAGUAAGCUCAGUCCCAAGUUUUGCACCCAAUAAUAACUAAUUUCUUCAGUUAUAAUAUACGUAAAAAAUUAUGCAUAAUUGAUUGGCUGAAAACUGGUGCAUUGUUUAUGUAACAUAGGUGCAAAGUUGUAAGAUAAGUGCAAAGUUGUUAGACAAGUGCAAAUUAAUAGCAUGCAUUCCAAAAUUUGUCCAUGUGACUUUCUGGGAUGAGUUUUUCAUGUAAAUUAUUAACAAUUAACAAUAUAAUUUGAGUGCAAUUUGGUGUUAAUAUGCACAAGUUAAUUUUCCAAAGACUGAAUUUCCUUGCCCUGUGGGUUUGCACAAUUUUGUUGUCAUGAAAAAUUUACCUGUGCUUGUUAACACCAAAUUGCACUUGAAAUCAUGUUGUUACCUAUAUACUAAUCUAAUCGGCUUUUUCCCUGGAAAUUGUUGAUAAUCAAGUACAAAGUAUUGAUAGUUAGGAACAUAAAAAGGGUCGAGUGUCAGGAAGCAGAUACUGCUUCCCAAAAUAGGUUAGUUUGGAUAACUUGCAUAUCAUAAUAUACAAAAUCUUGACACUUCCCCACCAAAAGUGAGUUUGUUGACUAUUUGCUUGUUUGUCUGAUUUUUCUUGCAGUUAUUGUGCCUUCUCCGGUAAUGUUCUCUAAUGUAUCAACAGUUGCUCACAGUACUGUUAGGACACCAAUCUCAGGUAUGCUAAAUUUUUUUUGUCACAAAAUGCAUUUAAUAUCAAGGGUGAUCAUUAUACGGGCUAUCCUCACAAUUCUGAAUUGGGGUUAAUAAUGUACUGGUAACUCAAUGAUGACAAACAAAUUGAAGCCUGGUAAGGAAAUGAGAGUCAGUAAACUUUUGUAUUUUUCUUAUUCUCCUUGACAGCAGUAUUUUUAAAUAAUUCUUUUUCACCUCUGCUUUUUCUCUUGAAAAUCUCAAUAAUCAAGUGCAAAGUAUUGUCAGAUGGGAACAUGGAAAAGGUUGAGUGUCUAAAAGCAGAUAUGUCUGCUUCCCAAAAUAAGUUACUUUGGAUUACUUGUGUCUCAUAACGUGCAAAAUCUUGCCACUUUUCCACCAAAACUGUUUGUUUAUUAUUUGCUUGUUUGUUUGAUUUUCCUCACAGUUAUCAUACUUUCCCCAGUAUUUUUAAGUACUGUAUCAGAAGUUGCCCACAAUACUGUUAGGACACCAAUCUCAGGUGUGCUUAUAAUAUUUUUAGCAUAAUCAUUGCUUGCCAGGAGGAGUGAUCAAUAUAUGGAUUUGGCUCUCCUGACAAAUUUAAACAGGGGGUUAUGACAUACUGGUAACUUUAAUUCUCAUGACAAACAAAUUACAAAAUGGUAAGGAAAUGAGAGUCAGGAAACUAUUGUAUUUUUCUUAUUUUCCUCAACUCCAGUAUUUUUAAAUGAUUCAUUUAACAAAUAGAUUCCAAGUUGCUGUGUGUCUGUUCUGUAAUAGAUCACAGAGGACAUCAAAAUGUGUUAAAAAAGUUUUAAUGACAAUGUCAUCUAUACGUCUGUCCUCCAAUAGAUCAUAAGUGAGAACCAAUCAGAAUGCGUGGAUAACUGAGCUUAUUAUAUAUUAAAUAAUUAUAGUAAAUAAGUUUUCUUUGAGGAAAAAGUUAGCUCUUAAUUUUGUUUGAUUUUUCUCACAGUCAUCAUACCUUCCCCGGUAUUGUUAAGUACUGUAUCAGCAGUUGCUCCCAAUACAGUUAGGACACCAAUCUCAGGUAUGCUAAAAUUGUUUUUAGCAGAAUCAUUGCUUACCAGCAGGAGUGAUCAAUAUAUGGAUUGGGCUCUCCUCACAAAUUUAAACAGGGGGUAAUGACAUACUGGUAACUUUAAUUCUCAUGGCAAACAAAUUAUAGCCUGGUAAGGAAAUGAGAGUUGCAAAACUUUAAUUUGUAUUUUUCCUUUUUUCCUUGAAUCCAGUAUUUUAAAUAAUUUGUUUAAUUAUAGUAAAUAAGUUAGCUAUGAGGAAAAAGUGAGCUCUUAAUUCCAAGAAAUCAGGGAGGAGAUGGGUACCUCUAGAGGGUACUUAUUAACAAUGGGAAAAAAAUACUUGUUAAAAUAAUUAGAAAUGCUUAGUACAUAAGAAAGGAAUUAAAGUGUAAUAGAAAUAUAUUUGAACCUUGAUUAUCUGUGUACUAAAUAAUCCAGACUUGGUUCUCAUGGUCCCAUUUUUUUUUUUUUUUUCAAUAUUUAAUGGUCACUUGGAGAUAUGUAACCACUUUUUCCCAUCAAACAAAGCAGUUGUACUGAAACAGUUUGACUCUAUUCUGUAAAUUAGUGCAGCUUCAAAGAAUGAUAGAGUUAGUGUAGUUGACAGGAUUGUUAGGGGUUACUCUUUAAGGUAUUAAGUCCUCUUUGUUAUCUGUUGUAUGAACAUCUGCAUAUUACUCUGAAACCGUAAGAAUUAACACUAUUUUAUCCUGAUCAAUUUCUUUUCUCUUGUUUAACAGAAGCAACACUUUUAGUGAGGCCUACCUCACUCAGUGUUUUUUUUAUUGUAAAAUUAAUCUAGUCAUUAGGUUAAAUUAAACACCUGCUAUUAGUACCUUUUAAAUUAAGAGGUUCUGUUGGGUUCUCCUCUGUAAACUUGAAGUUUAUUUUUGGUUAUUGAAAGUUAUUUCCAUAAUGAAGCUAAGUAAGAAGUUUUGCAUACUUAAUUUUCAUUACCUGUAUGACAAGAAUUAUCCGGCUUAGAGGGUUCAUUAUUUUCCAUGUCAGUGAAAUUUUUUUUUGUGAAUGUUGUUUUUUUUUCCUUGCAGUGGUUCCAUUCCCAGUAAGCACUACAGUAGCUGGUUCCUCUUCGAGUGUUCAAAACACUGUUAGGCCACCAGCUACAGGUAUGAUAAAAUUAUCUUAAGUGGAUUUCAUCUUCAUCACAACCUCUGAAUAGUAAGAGAGAUUAUACAGUCAGUGAAUGCAUUCCAGGUUUUCAUUAGUUUUACAACACUAACUUAGACAGAAGGGUGGUGAAAAUUGUUGAUUGGGAAAUUGUCAACCCAAGAAUUUUAAAUAAUGACUCAUGAGAAACAUGUGGGAGGCAGGGUGGCCUAUCAGUGGUUCAUUAUGCUGAACUCUAGGUUGAGAGGUCUGGGUUUGAGGCCUUGUUAGUCAUUGUGUUGUGUUUUUGGGCAAUUUGCAAUUUGCAAUUUCAUUUACCUGGGACUGGCCUCUUUUUUCUUAAUAUGAAAACAACUUUUUCCCAUCAAAUAGAACAUACUGUAAUGAAGCAAUGUUGAUGCUAUUUAAUUAAUGGGUCUUUAAAGACUGAUAGAAUUAGCAACAUGCAAACACUGUCAGUAGCAACUUGAAACAAACUAAUUUGCAUCAAAAUUUUAGGUCGCAACAUUUUGUAGGUAGGCUCUUGUUAAUAACUUUAUGAAAAUGCUUUUGGCAGAUGUUAGCAAUGAUGGACAAUGAUUGAAAUGACAUGUGCUCAGUUUUGUUUUUGGCUCAUCAAUAUUUAUAUUUUCAAUUGUCUGGACUCUUGAUUGUACAUCCAGGUCCCCACGGGUCUGGAUAAUCAAGGCUCGACUGUAAUGGAAUAAUCUCUUACUGAUAAAAUUCUGGGGGUGACAUUCCAGUGGACCUUAAUUUCUCCCUUUAUUUUUAUUUAUUGUCUAAAGUGAUUAAUUAAUCCUGCAAACAAUCCCAUUAACGUGUAACUAAUUUUUUAUUUUAUGUCAUUUCUUAUUUUUAGGCACAAGUAACAUAAAUGUGGCUAUCAUUGCUGUUCCUACUGUGUUUGUAGUUUUAGUCCUAAUAAUAGUCUUAUUAUGUUGCUGUUGUCACCACAAAAGAAAGGGGAAAAAAAAAAUCAAUGCCACAAAGACUGCUGUGCCACCGGUGUCUGAAAACAGUAAAAAAAUUACUAUGGAAUCCUUUGUUUAGAAGAAAUGUAUCAACAUAGAGCACCUUCUUCAUCUUGCCUUAACCCUUUAACUCCCAGAUCAAAUUUGUCAUUAUCAUAAUAUUCUCAUAAUGUUAGUUCAGAGAGUUUAGUAUUGGAUCAACUAAUCAUCCCCAAAUUGAUAUUUUUCUUUAUUCUCAUCACUUAUCUGAUUGACAUUGUAUUGAUAUUGUAAGGAGAAAUUCUGUCUUGGUCACUCAUGGGAGUUAAAGGGUUAAGUGCAUAUGUUUUUUCUGAAUUAGAUAGGAUUGAGAAAUUAUUCAAUACCUUAACUUAAGGUACACUAGCUAGUACUGUAAGGACUGCUAUACAUAGCAUGGUAAACUGUCGACUUAUCAAAGUAGCAACAAGAAAAUGCAUUUGACAGAAACUGCCCUCAUAAACGUUAUAGACAAUACUUUGAGAGAAAUUGAUGAAAAAUCAGCUUCGUUACUGGUACUGCUUGAUAUAACAAAAGCUUUCAGUAGCCUUAAUCAUAAUCUAUUGUUAGAAAAAUUACAAGAACUGGGCCUCAAAACUUCUGUAACUUCCUGGUUUAGUAGCUACCCAUCCAGAAGAUAUCAAAGAGUACAAUGCAAAGAUUCAGUCUAGGAAUUGUUACCCUUAACAAAUGGAGUACUUCAUGGAUCAAUCUAGGGUCUUGUGCUUUGUACUAGCCAUUUAGAUUAAUCAUUUAAACAGUGUCAUUACACACAGUCAACCUGCUGCGUAUGUUGAUGAUAGUCAAUUGCACUUUAAAUUUUCUGUGUCAGGCUCAUCAAGUGCUAUGGCAGCCAUAAACCAAGAUCUUAGGAACAUCAGUCAAUGGUGUGCAAAGAAUACUCUACUUAUAAACCCCGAGAAGACAAAAUUAGUGAAUUAGUGGUUGUUGGUUCAGCACAACUUAUUAAUAGGCUACCUUAUAUCUCCUUAUCCCUGUUAGGCAAAACUACCCGUUUCGUUUGCUAACUAGAGCAUCUCGGGGUAUAUAUUGACCUCUUUAUAUAUGUACAUAUAUACAUAAGUAUAUAUGUAUAUAUAUAUGUUGCAUGAACCAGUAGGUACAGAUAAGUAAAAUUCAACACCUUUUUAGACUUUGUUUUCAGUAAACUGUUUUAUUGUUCCUCUGUGUGGGGGAACAUAUCUAAACAUAAUCUACACAAACUGCAGUUGUAAAAAAUUUUGCUUCCAGAGUUGUAUUAGGUUUAGGGAGUUUGACCAUAUCUCUUAGGGACGGAGAUCUCUUAGAUGGUUAAAUGUUACGGAGGUAUUUAAUGACUUAAUUUUAGCAUUCAAAUGUGUAAAUGGCUUAACUCCAGAUUAUUUAGGUAAAUAUUUUGUUAAACGUUCAGCAGUUCACAACAAGAACACAAGGGGAUGUAACAAUUUUGUGGUCCUAUGACUCUAACUUUUUUGCAUAUUUUUGUUGAUAGCUGUGUUUAAAAUUACAAAUAAUCCACCUUAGCGCCU